AUGUCUUACGCCCGCUGGCUGGGCACACUUCGAACCCGUUGCAGGCUUCGCAGCCCCCUCCUGCGGCAAUGCCUGGCCGAGUUCCUGGGCGUCUUUGUUUUAAUCAUCAUCACACUCAGCGCCUCGGCCCAAAACGUCACCAGCGAAGGGACCAAAGGCAAUUUUUUAAGCUCCUCCUUGGCCAGCGGGGUUGCUGUCAUGGUGGCCGUGCACGUCUCGGGGGGCGUCUCAGGAGGACACCUGAACCCGGCCUUCUCGCUCACCCUGUGCCUCCUGGCUCAGUUUCCCUGGUGGAAACUGCCCGUUUAUUUUCUCAUCCAACUCCUGGGGGCGUUCAUGGGGGCUGGCACAGUCUACGUCCUUUAUUACGACGCCAUCCACAGCUACAGCAACGGGACCCUGAGGGUGACAGGACCCCGGGAAACUGCCUCCAUCUUUGCCACCUACCCGGCCCCUUACCUGUCCAUCCCCAACGGGUUUUUUGACCAGGUGCUGGGCACAGGAAUCCUGGUGCUGGGCAUCUUGGCCAUUAUCGAUGCCCGGAAUAAACGCAUCCCACCCGGAUUAGACCCGUUGGCCGUGGGACUCCUGGUCUUCAGCCUCAGUGUGGCGAUGGGUGCCAACUGCAGCUGUGCCAUCAACCCGGCUCGGGAUCUGGGGCCACGGCUAUUCACCUACAUCGCCGGAUGGGGUCCCCAGGUGUUCAGUGCCGGACACUGUUGGUGGUGGGUUCCCAUUGCCGCCCCCAUGUUGGGAGCCACGAUUGGGACGGCGGUCUAUCAAUUUGGAGUCGAAUUUCACCACCCAGCAGAUCCGAAAGAGCCGGAAAACUCGAAUCUGGAAAAACUGGAGCUGGGACGCGAGAAAGAGAUGGAUUUACCCGUUUACGUCGUGAACGCCUACGCCGAAUCGUGGACGGGUGCCGGCACGGAGUCCCGCUCGUCUGGCGAACCCUCAAAAUGAAACUUCCGACCAAGAUGCCUAAGAGAGGCGUCUUCCUCCUUCGUUCCCGUUUGAAUGUAUUGGGUGGGAGGACGUCUUCCUAAAUUUGGGAAUUUGUAUUCGUCAAGACUUGGAAAGAGAGAUUUGUGUGUCUGUGACAGUGGCUGAAACGAAUACUAGGUAUCCGAGGAAAGACCCACAAAUAAAGACCGUGUUUCCGUUGCGUGUCUUGGCCGGAGUUUGGCACAAAGCAGGGCCUUUUCGGCGGUGGCCCCUUCACUGCGUACAAACCAGCAAGGAUUACUUCUCUGGUCCCGUUUUUGGUGUGAAAAAGGGUGCAUCUGAGCCCCCCCCCGAGUCCAUUCCAAGUCUCCAAUAAGCAUCUCCAGAUUCCGGCGGCCAACUGCUACGUCGGCGGCCACUUCCCGGGAAAAACGGCGGUGAGACAGCACAAUUGGGCAGGCUGUUUUCAGACUCUUCCUUUUCCGCGCUCGGAUUUCGGGGAUGGUUAAGACGUCGCCUCUUUUUCACGUCGUUGAGAGGAACUCCGGAGAUCUGAGCUAAGGAUCUUUGGGGCGGGGAGGGGGUGUCUCCGAAAGUGUGUGUGUCAGAAAUAAAUUAUUUAUUUUCACCUCGGCA